AUGUGGAAUUUCCCUGCAACAAAAACCACCACUUCGACUUCGACUCCUGCUCCUUCUUCUUCUGACAACAACCACCACCACCACCACCACCACCACCACAACAACGACAGCAAUUCCACCAUCAACAACAACGACAAUAUCAUCAAUAACAACCCUCCGACGACUUCUACGUCUGAUAAUAAUGGCUCUCAAGGCGGUCACCGGUCGAUCAGCCCCCAGUUCAGCGUCAACCCGGUCAACGGGACGAUGAGCCUGAGCCUGCCCAUCCACACCACCGCUGGACGCUCUGGGUUUGGCCCGCAGCUGAGCCUGUCGUACGACUCUGGCAAUGGCAAUGGGCCGUUUGGAGUCGGAUGGCAGAUGUCGAUGAUGGGAGUGGGUGUGUCGCGGAAGGUUUCCAAGGGGAUCCCACGUUACGAUGACUCGGACGUCUUUCUGCUCUCUGGUCUGGAGGAUCUGGUUCCUUUGGGGACGCCGACCCUGGUGGGCGCUCACCACCGUGUCCAGCAGUAUCGACCGAGGGUAGAAUCCGAGAAGAAGAUCCUCCGUAUCGAACGCUGGACUCGUAUUGAUGAUGAUGAUGAUGAUGAUGAUGGUGAUGAUGUACACUGGCGGACCAUCUCGGCAGAGAACGAGACGACCUUCUACGGUGAGACGGACGAGUCGAGGAUUAUGGAGAGAGAGGGCAAGAGCUCGAGGAUCUUCUUUUGGUUGAUCUCACGUACGGUCGACGCCCUCGGCAACGCGAUACACUUUGAAUACAAAGCCGAAAACGCAGAGGGCCUCGACGAACUGGAUGACUCGCGCUCGCUCUGCGAAACCCUCCGUCCGGCAGAGGCGCGCACGCGAGUCCGAUAUCUCAAGCGGAUUCUCUACGGUAACUGCCAGCCCAGCCGUGAUCUGGACACCUGGAACAUCAUUAAACUAGCAAACAACAAUGACGACGACGACGACGACAUCAAGAACUGGCUGUUCGAGGUGGUGUUCGACUAUGGGGAUCACGACGCCGAGAACCCCACCCCUGCAGAGCAGCAGGCUUGGGAGAUGCGUGCGGCGCCCUAUUCCACCUGCUGCAGUGGCUUUGAACUGCGCUACUAUCGCCUGUGUCAGCGGGUGCUCAUGUUUCAUCAUUUCCCGCGCGAGACGGGUCGUUCACACGCCCUCGUCGCCUCCACGCGCUUCCAGUACACCGAGUCCAACGGCGUGACUCUCAUACAGUCUGUCAUCACCACAGGGUCACUGCCAGCCACUGCCACCAGGAAGACAGGAGAGGGAUACUACCAUGAGUCUCUCCCCCCGGUUGAGUUUGAGUACACCCCUGCGCUGGAGGUUGAUAGGGCGGCCGCGCUGGAGAUCCAGGAGCUCCCCCGCGACACGCUACACCAGAUGUCUUCCUCCGGGGUAGGAUGGACUACGGAAUGGGUUGAUCUGGAUGGCGAGGGUAUGCCGGGAGUCCUGCUCAUCAUCGAAAAUGGCGCUUGGUGGUACCAGCGGAACGAAUUGCCCAAGACCCUGGCAUCUUCGGACUGCUCCUAUUCCUCCCUGGGGCCUCUUCGGCAACUGCACCUCCAGCCCCAGGGCGGCGGCGGCCAGCACUACCUGGAAGACCUGGAACACACCGGCCACAUGGAUGUGGUCUUCAUGGAUGCUAUGGGUGUCCCGACGGGCUUCUUUGAACGUACGCCCGACGGCGAGUGGGCUGCCUUUCAGUCCAUGACUUCGGUGCCUCAGCUGUCCCUGAGCGAUCAGUCAACCAAACGCGUCGAUCUUACCGGCAACGGACUCCCGGACUUGCUACACCAGGAGCCCACGGGGUGCCUGGUCUGGUACGAGUGUCUGGGCAAGGCUGGGUAUGCCUCAGCGCGGCCCGUAGUCGUGGGGAAGUCUUCUUCUUCUACUCUGGAUCAUCCUCCAUGCCUGGUCUCUCCGGAUGCUGCUCGUAUCGGCACCUACCUGGCGGAUAUGACAGGGGAUGGGCUGUCAGAUCUUGUCGAGGUACGCCAGGGCCGCGUUGUAUACUGGCCGAACCACGUCCACGGCCAAUUCGGCGCCCCCGUGCUCAUGGGCCACAGUCCCAUCUUCACCGAGCAUGGGGAGUUCUCUCCGGCUCGCUUACGCCUGGCAGGUGUGUUUGGGUCCGGCACCACCGAUCUGAUCUACCUGCCACCCUCAGGGGGGAUCCACGUCUACUUCAACGAGGCCGGGAACCGCUGGAGUGAGCGGAUGGUGAUUCCUCAAGUCCCCGCUCUGACCGAUAGCGAUAUCGCCUCCGUCUUCAUGUUGGAUCUUCUGGGCUGUGGUACAACGAGCUGCCUUUGCUGGAACGAUCGGGACAGAGGCACCCUGCGCUUUGUUAACCUCGCAGCGGGCGGCGGCGGCGGCGGCGGCACAAAACCGCAUCUCAUGGCUGAGUACCGCAACGGCAUCGGCGCUACCACGGCCAUCACCUACCAACCGUCUACGCACUACUACCUCGCCGAUGAGGAGGCCGGCACCCCCUGGACUAGCCGGCUGUCCUUCCCCGUGCACUGCGUGUCGCGCGUCACCAUGCACGACCACAUCGCCCAGACGGCCCGCAGCAGCCGCUACGCCUAUCACAACGGCCGCUACGACGGGGUCGAGCGCGAAUUCCGCGGCUUUGGCGUCGUUGAGCACUGGGAUGAAGAGCUUUUUGGUGGCACCGGGGAUCAGACCACUGCUGCUGCUGCUGCUGCCACUUACCUGCGCCGAUCACCGAUUCAUACCAAGCAAUGGUAUCACACCGGAGCGGCAAACGACACCGACAACAACAACCUGCACAACGCCUGGCACCGAUCGCAGGGAGCCGCUGGGCAUAAACUGCCUCCUAAUCUAGCCCAGGAGGAGGAGCAGAAGCAGUACGAGGUCCAUCGCGCUCUCAAGGGCCAAAAGCUCCGCGAGGAAGUGUACAGCGACGACGGCUCCCCACGCGCAGCUAUACCGUACUGCGUUACCGAGUUCAGCCAUCAGGUCAUCUGCUGCAAUGAUAGCAGCCGUAGCAGCAGCACUGCAGCCGGGAUAGGGAUAGCCGGGACAGGGAAAGGGCCAGGCUGCUACCGCGUCGUGCCGCGCGAGUCCGUCAAGACGCUCUACGAGCGCGAGGAGGCCGGCACGCCACGGAUCGAGCGGGAGAUGGUCCUCCAGAUUGACUCCUAUGGGAAUGUACUCAAAUCACUCACCAUCACACAUGGUCGACCAUCUGCUGCUGCUGCUGCUGAAGGCCAAGCGGUCUCCUGGGGCGUCUACAUGGAGAACACAAUGACCAACGACGUCAAUGAGAUCCAUUGCUUCCAGGCGCCGCAGCUGGCGGCCACGCGCCGAUACGCCGUGCGAGGACUUACCGAUAGCCAGAUCACUGAUCUUGAUGGCCUGGCGGCCGCCGACUGCGCUCUUCUCCGCACCAUCGAGGAGGUCCCAUACAACACCCCAAAUACUACGGACGGGCUGUGCAAGAAGAGUCUGGUGCAGGAAACGCGGCAAUACUUCUUUGAUGGCCGCCUGUGCGAUCGGCUGGAUCUCGGGGUCAUCGAAGCGUUUUCCAUGCUCGACCAAAGCUACGAGUUGGCCUUGACGGGAGAGAUUUUGCAUACAAACUUCGUUUCGACCGGCCUGCUGGAUAUCAAGAUGCUUCCCACUACGCUGGCCCAGGCAGGGUAUGUGCGUCUCGACAACGAUGACGAUGAUGACCGCGACGCAGCGGAUGAUGACCGCUGGUGGACCCCGUCAGAGCGAAAAGAGUUCGCGACAGACGAAAGUAACCGACGGUUAGAGCUCGCGCGACGCUCCUUCUACCUCCCCACGGUGGUCGUCGAUGUCUUUGGCAACCGUACUACCCAGGUGCUGGAUGCGUACUACCAUCUUCCCGUCGAGAUCAUUGACGCGGAGGGCCAUACGAUUCGCUUCCGCAACGAUUACUGGCACGUUCAGCCGUGCGAGAUCACCGAUAUCAACGGCAAUCGGCUGCAGGUUGCCCUAGAUGCCUUUGGCUCCACCGUGGGGAUGGCGCAGCUGGGCAAGACGCACGAGCAGCAGCUUGGCGACUCUCUUGAAGGGUUCGCUGCCAUCGUGACGCCCGAGGAACUAGAGGCCUUUAUUCAGAACCCGACCGGCGAGAUCAGCACCCGCCUACUGGCCGGCGCCGGCCAGCGGACCCUCUACUAUCCGGGCCGAUACUAUGAUCAUGCCGCACAAGAUCGUGUCGUGCCCCCGUUCACAGCCGACAUUUCCUGCGACACCUACGGCCGGGAACGCACCGCCAAUGCGGCCCUCACGGUUGCCAUCACCUACCUGGACGGCGCGGGGAAGCCACUACAGACGACGACGCUCUGCAUCCAGGAUCUUUCAUCGGAGCAGUGGCGCAUCAGCGAAUGGACAAUCCACGACAGCCGGGGCAACCCCGUGCGAAUCUGCCAGCCCAGCUUCGCGGCAGACCAUCACUUCCGAUUUGAGGCAAAUAUCGACUCACCCAAGACGACUAAGCUGAUGGAUCCUCUGGACCGGGUGAUCGGUGUGCUCAAUGCAGAUCACACCUGGUCCAAGGUCCGCCACACGCCGUGGGGGCAGGUUGCCUACGAUGCUGGGGCCACGCUCCGGAUCGACGACCCGGCCUUGGACGAGGACGCCGGGUCAUUCUUCCGAUGCCUGGAGCGUUCGGAGUACUUCCCUUCCUGGCUGCAACGGCAUCCUGCACAACUCGAGGACCCCGAUGUCAUUCGGCAGUGUGACGUGUAUGCGACCAAGCGAGCCAUCACGCACCUCGAUGCCCGUGGGCAGGUCAUCCUGCAGGAAAUGGAGCUCGGGGACGGGCAGGUGCUGCGCCUGCGCAGGGAGUAUGACGGGGCAGGCCACGCAAUUGUGCAGUACGACGCGGCGCAGCGGUUGGCCCAACGGGUCUGCUAUGACAUGCAGUCCCGCCCUAUUUCGACCAAGAUGCUAGACGCGGGCGACACGACGGUGUUGCUUGAUUGUAUGGGACAGCCGCUCCUGCGCUGGAACCAACUCUCCAUCCGAUUCCGGCAUGUGUAUGAUUCCCUGCGCCGGGAACGAGAGAUGUGGAUGAAGGAUGACCGCCGUGAAGAUGAGGAGGUAAAGGAGGUGCUGCUGCACCGGAUCACGUAUGAUUCACACCGUGGACCACAAUCGGCCGCCCUCAAUCGCAGAGGCAAGAUAUCCGUCAUCGAGGAUCAAUCCGGGCGGCUGGAGUACACCCACUACGACUUUCGAGGCCAGUGUGUGAGGCAAGAGUGCCAGAUGGCACAAGAAUACCGAAACGCUCUGGACUGGAGACAGCCAGUCGCCUUGGAGCCACGGCGCUAUGUCUCCCGCGCGACAUUCGACGCCCUGGGCCGUGAGAUCGAGGCGGUCGAUCCCACGGGCUGCGUCACCACGCGCGCCUACGAUCUGACUGGGAACCUACGGGCGCUUUCCGCACGCGCGGAGGGCCAGUCGGACCCAGUUCCCUUGGUCGUGGAGAUGCGCUACAGCCCGGACAAACUGGUGCUUCACGUGCGGUACGGGAACGGGGUUCGAUUGCAUCAAAGGUAUGACCGCGAGACGCGACGCAUGCUGCAGAAGACUCUGCUGAGAGGGGGGGUCGCGUCGCAGGAGACGAUCCAGGACGUCCAGUACAGAUAUGACUGUAUGGGACGUUUGAUCUGGAAGUCCGAUGUCGCCCAGGCUUCCCACCACUUCCGCAACAGCCGGACUGACCCAACGUGGACAUUCGCAUACGACGCGCUGGGGCAGCUCGUCGAGGCCACGGGGCGAGAGCAGCUAAACGCUCGCAACGGCGGGGGGUUCCACCUGUUACCCCAUCAGCCUCAGGGUCGUCCUUCUCCGACGGGGAAAAUAGGGGAGACCUGCCAGUAUCGCGAGCGCUACCGGUACGACAACGUGGGGAAUAUGCUGGCCAUGCACCACGAGGCCGUGAAUAUGCCCUCAGUGGCGGGCUGGACGCGGCGAUUCGAGUACGCCGAAGCGAGCAACCUGCAGCCGGGGGUUAUGGGAAACCGACUGAGCUUCACCCGGACCGGACGCAACGUUGAGCGAUACCAGUAUGACUCGGAUCGGGGAUGCAUGACCGGCAUGGCCGGAUACUCCGAGCUCACCUGGGACCACCUGGACCAACUGCGCAGCUCAUCCCGGCAACAGGCGAUGGCGGGCAUCCCCGAACGAACGUGGUAUGUGUAUAACAUGGCCGGCAUCCGGGUGCGCAAAGUCACCGAGCGAGGGGUCUCCAGAGUCUCUGCAGAGACGACAUCUCCGCAGAGACUGAAAGAGACUAUCUUUGUGUCUGGGGUGGAUAUCUGCCGCAAGUAUCGUGGCGACGGGCAAAAGGUGAGAGAAACGACACAGAAUAACAUCCUGGGGGAUAUGGGCACCCCUGGACCUCGGCAGGGGAGAGACUCACUCCUGAUACGAUACCAAAGCGGGGAUAAUCUGGAACUCGACGACGGUGGUCGCCUACUCUCGUACGAGGAAUACACGCCCUUCGGGACCACGAUCCUCUAUAUGGGUGUGGAUCAGAUCAAGGCACCACGAAGGUAUCGCUUUGCCGCGUAUGAGCGAGACCAUGAGACCGGGCUAUGCUACUGCCAUCGGCGAUACUACGCCCCCUGGCUGGGACGGUGGACGAGUGUCGAUCCCCUGGGCACCGUGGACGGGCCCAACCUGUACCGCUACGUGGCCAAUGAUCCUGUCAACAAGCACGAUCCGUCAGGGACA